AUGGCGACCGCAACACGAACCCUCCGAGCCCAAUUGCUGAGAUGCAGCGUCCGACAAACACAUCCCUCCCACCAAGCAGCAAGAUGGAACUCCUCCUUCGCCCAUUUGCAGGAAGAACUCCCCAGGCGAAACAUCCAGCCCACCUUCGAGGACCUCAGCCCGCAGACCAGCUACCGCCUCGACAUGACCCUCGCCGACUUCCUCCCCUCGACGAACCCCCCUCCCGUCCUCCCUCCCACCCGCCCCGCCAAAGAACUCCCCAUCCCCCACCACCUCCUCUACUUCGAACCCUCCAAACGCGCCAGCGACAUGCUCGCCGACGGCACCAACCCGGACCAAUCCCCCGGGGAGCCCUUCGUCCGCCGCAUGUGGGCCGGCGGCAACGUCCUCUACAACCAAGCGAACCCCUUCCUCCUCGACGCCUCACGCGGCGUCUGCGCCGAGUUCAUCCGCAACGUAACCCUCAAAGGCAAAGAAGGCGACGAGAAGAUCUUUGUAGCCAUCGAGCGUCGUCUCGCAAAAGCCACGGAGGACGAAGUAGAACGCCUCGCGACCGCAACCAACGACCCAGCCGCCAAGAAGGACCUCGACCACCGCGUGCGCCAGCGCCUGUGGAGGGACAGCGACACCGACUUCGGCGACUGCAGCAUACUCGAGACGCGCAACAUCGUCUUCAUGCGCGCCCGCACCCCCGAGCAAGCCAAAGCCGACGCGGCCAAGACGGGCGGGAAGAUCUUGAAACCCCAACAUACGCCCGAUUACACACAUACCAUUCUCCCGGACCCGAAACUCCUCUUCCGCUUCAGCGCCCUCACUUUCAACGCGCAUGCCAUCCACCUCGACCCGCAGUACUGCCGCGAGAUCGAAGGCCAUAGGGAUCUGCUCUUCCACGGACCCAUGUCGUUUACGUUCCUCGUGACGUUGUUGCAGCAGCAGUUGGCGAAGCAGGGGAAUGAAGUCGUCAAGAGUGUGGAGUAUAGGAAUGUCGCGCCGUUGUAUUGCAAUGAGCCGGUCAAGUUCUGUGGGACGAAGACGGGGGAGAAUAAGUGGGAGGUGUGGGCGGAGACUCCAGAGGGGGGCAUUGCGGUGAAGGGGAGUGUGGGGACGGAGCAGGGGAGUAUUGAUAAGGCGAAUUUGGGGCAGUGA